CGCGACCGGCAGCAGCGGCAGGCCUUCGAGGAGAUCGUGGCGCAGUAUAACAAGCUGCUGGAGAGGUCGGACCUGCACGCCGUGCUGGCCGAUAAGCUGCAGGCGGAGAAGUUGGACGUGCAGGGCAGGCACGAGAUCAGUCCGGGACACGAUGGCACCUGGAAUGAUGCUCAGCUGCAGGAACUGGCCCAGCUGAAGAUAAAGCAUCAAGAGGAGCUGACAGAGCUGCACAAGAAACGUGGCGAGUUGGCCCAAUCUGUAAUUGAUCUGAAUAACCAAAUGCAGCAGAAAGACAAAGAGAUGCAGAUGAAUGAAGCUAAGAUUGCAGAAUAUUUGCAAAAGAUCUCUGAGCUGGAGACAGAGUGCCAGGAAUUGCGUAGCAAGCUGCAAGACCUGGAGCGAGCUAAUCAGACACUGAAAGAUGAAUAUGAUGCUCUCCAGAUCACCUUCAACGCCCUGGAAGAGAAACUGAGGAAAACUACUGAGGAUAACCAGGAGCUGGUCUCACGGUGGAUGGCAGAGAAGGCCCAAGAAGCCAAUCGUUUGAAUGCAGAAAAUGAAAAGGAUUCAAGGAGACGACAAGCCAGGCUGCAGAAGGAGCUGGCAGAAGCUGCCAAAGAGCCGCUGCCCGUGGAGCCGGAUGACGACAUCGAGGUGCUUGCGGAUGAGACGUCCGACACGGCCGAGGAGACGUCUCCCGUGCGCGUGGUCAGCCGCACGUCCAGUAAGCGACUCUCCCAGCCAGCUGGAGGCCUUCUGGACUCUAUCACUAAUAUCUUUGGUCUGUCUGAGUCUCCCCUUUUGGGACAUCCAUCUGCUGAUGCUGCCAGGAGACGCUCGUUGUCCUCGCUCCCCGCUCCCCAGGACACCGCCGAGCCUCAUCCAGGUUCCAGUAAGGAAGUGAGGGUGCCCAAUACUGCCAUAUGUGUCUUUGACGCCCACGAUGGGGAGGUUAAUGCGGUGCAGUUCAGCCCUGGCUCCCGGUUGCUGGCGACAGGAGGCAUGGACCGGAGGGUUAAGCUCUGGGAAGUCUUGGGAGAUAGGUGUGAGCCCAAAGGUGCCCUCUCUGGCAGCAACGCUGGGAUUACAAGCAUAGAAUUUGAUAGUGCUGGCUCUUACCUCUUAGCGGCUUCAAAUGAUUUUGCCAGCAGAAUUUGGACGGUUGAUGACAAUCGAUUACGGCACACGCUGACGGGUCACAGCGGGAAGGUGCUCUCGGCCAAGUUCCUGCUGGACAACGCGCGCAUCGUCUCGGGCAGCCACGACCGCACCCUCAAGCUCUGGGACCUCCGCAGCAAAGUUUGUAUAAAAACAGUAUUUGCAGGAUCUAGCUGCAAUGACAUCGUGUGCACUGAGCAGUGUGUAAUGAGUGGACAUUUUGAUAAGAAAAUUCGCUUCUGGGACAUCAGGACUGAAAGCAUAGUAAAAGAAAUCGAGCUGUUUGGGAGGAUCACAGCUCUGGACCUGAACUCGGAGCGAACGGAGCUGCUGACCUGUUCCCGCGACGAUCUGCUGAAGAUCAUUGACCUGCGGGUCGGUGCCAUCAAGCAGACGUUCAGUGCCCAAGGAUUUAAAUGUGGAUCUGACUGGACAAGAGUUGUGUUCAGCCCUGACGGUAACUACGUGGCUGCUGGUUCAGCUGAUGGGGCCCUCUAUGUCUGGAACGUGCUCACUGGGAAGCUGGAGAGGACGCUGGCCAAGCACCACAGUUCUGCUAUCAACGCCGUCGCGUGGUCCCCGGCGGGCACCCAUGUGGUCAGCGUGGACAAGGGGAGCAAGGCUGUGCUGUGGGCUGAAUUUUGACUGGAUGGAGGCCGAAAGGCAGAGCCUCCGGCGCCUCCGUGCACGGUGGUGCYGGCCCGCGGCUGGAUGGAGCGGAGCCCCGAGCCCACAGCCAUCGUGAGUGGGGGUUUGGUGAGCGCCUGGGCUGCGCUUUCCCAUGGGAAGCGCUAACGCGAUGGAGAAGGAGCCUGAGUCAGACUCCCCGCGGCCAUAAGCGCCCUGCGGCRCUCGGACUCAGCACGGGACUAGCUGAUCUGGACGGAGAAUGCUACUUAGUCAUGCCUUUACAUGCGGUAUCUAUGCACUGAGCAGAGCUGAAGAUCCAAGUGGGAUUCCUCACCAGACAGCUGUGCCAAAUAUCCUGUCACACACAUGUAUCUACAGCACUUCUAGGUUGGAAACGUGGGGAAGAAGUUACUGUCUAUUCUGACUUGUUCCGUCUCCUGUGUUCUGUUCCCGUGGCCUAGUUUAGGUGUGGGGUGUGAAAGUCCUGAGCCGCGGAUACGUGCUAGGCAGGCUGCUGGGUGCUGGAGGAGCUUUCAGAGGGAGCAGAGCGUCCUGCGGCUCUGGCAGUGCCGGCGCGGAGCCGCCGCAUCCCACCCCGGCUCCCCAGGGCUGCCGCGGCUCCGCUGCGUCUGCCGUGGGGAAACGGUCCCUUCUUCAGGACUUCCGCACCCCUCUGUUAUCGUGCUUGGCUGCCACAAAAUAGGGGACUCUUCGGUUUUUAAUUUCACAGUCCAUUUGGUUACUGAGCGUGAAGAGAGAAGCUGCACUGCUGCUCUGCUGCCCUGCCGAGGAGCGUAGGAAUACUGUGAGUGCGGUCCCGCCACAUGGGCCCCUUUUCCCUUCAUCCGUCCUGCCCUGGAGGCUGCCAGGAGAACGCGAGGGGCAGGGGAAGCAGGGGCCUUGGACCCACAGCUUCCUUGGAGCAGCGUCCUGGCCCUGUUUGAGCAUCCAAACCCAGGAGGUGGCCAUGCGGGGGCUGCCGGCCUGGCCUUGAGCCAGCCCUUGGCCCGACCCUCGGCACGGGCGCAGUGCCUCGCGGCUCUUUAUUUGCACUUUAUUUUCCUCUUUCCUGCUCGCGUUUCCCGAGGGAAGUGGUUCCCCGGAGGGGCCGGGUCAGGGCAGCUCUGCGGCGGUCGCCCCUCUGCCCGGCCCCUGGUCAGACGCCCUGUGCAGAGGGGAGCUCGUUAGUGUGUACAAGGCAACGUUUUUAUUUAUUCAGCUGCCCAUAAGAACUUGACUGUAAAUAAACCUGUGUUCUGCUUUUAA